GGCCUGUCACAGAAGCAGCACGUAUCUAGGGCGGGGAGAUUUUCGUUCGGUAGCGAUCUAAAUACGUGCGUUUAAUUUUCGAAAAAAAAUCUCCCACGAUGUCGAGCGUCCUGGCCGUGCCGUCGGCAGUCCGAAGUGCUCCGGUUCCGCACCCGUGCCUGUGUUCGUACGUGUUUAGCUAAUUCCGUGUGUGUAUGUGUGUGUGUCAUCCUAAUCAAAGGUAAACAAUAGGUUUUUCGUCUCUGUCCCGCUCGCGGCCGCAGGAAAUCUCGCCUCGAAAACACAAAGAAAAUGCGCCGUUAGUGCUGUUUGUGUCUGUUUGUUUUAAGAUCCCCCGUCUUGAGGGGAAAUCGAUGGACGGGGCUGCAGGGGGUGUCCUUAUCAAAGCAGAAGGCGCAGGUUCCAAUCCCGAACGGCACGUUGAAUGCCCACCGGCAGGAGCGUGAACGCAGUCCUGCCGCUUUUUGCAGGAAUCACCCGUGAAAGUCGACCAGCCUUGGACCGUUAAAGAGAAAGUGCGGGAUGCUCAUGGAGUAGAGUAGAAUGCGAAUGUCGGCACAGAAGAAACGGACUGUGGGAGUGAUAAGAAUGAAACCCGUGCCGGCGAAGAAGAAGGACGGGAAAGCCGAAAAGGACUUCAUUUCUGAGACUAUCUCGUUCGUGAUCAAGGGGAAGUUGACGCCGAUCAAGCCCACCUUUGUAGCCAAAAAAGCGGGAAUCAGGAAGAAGGCGGCGAAGAAACCUAAGGAGGCGGAGAAGAAGCCCGCGAUGAGGAAAGCAAAGAAGGUGGCCGAAACGGCCAAACCCGUCAAGGGAAAGAACAUCAAGAAGGCCAAAGUCACGAAAAAGGAGGCAGAACCCAAGAAGGACGUCAAAGACGCGGUUAAGAAACCCAAAGAAACGAAAAAAGUGGCGAACGAAGCCAAGAAAAAGGUGAAGAAGGUGGUCCCGAAGAGGGGCAAGUCCCCUCAGAAACUAGAACCCGCAGACAAAGAUAAAGAUAAGGAGAAGGAAAAGGAAAAAGAGAGUAAACCCGAAGCAGCGGAAGACGAAAAAGCCGACGACAUCAAGACCCGCCAGACCAUCGAGAAGCUCCUCAAACAAGCCAACCGCGCUCUCAAGCAGCCCCUCAAGAACAAAAGCACCCUCCAGAAAUCAAAAAAACACAAAAUCAACAAAAAACCCAAGACCAAACCCGACAAUAAACCCAAAGCGGGCAAACCCAUCAAGCAGGAACCCAGCGAGAACGCCAAGAAACCCCCGAAGCGAAAAAUCCCGGAAAGUUCCGGGGACACCUCCGCGUCCGACGACGUCCCCCUAGACGAACUCCGCACGCCAAUCAAAACCGAAUCCGAGCAACCCAAAUCAAAGAAAUUAAAGAUAAAAGCGGAGCCGGCUUCCGAUGGCGAGAAAGAGAAAAAAUCGCGCAAGCCGACGUUAAAAGCCCCGAAGAAAAUCCCGACCAAAGCUAAUUUAGUCUUAAUGAAAAAACGCGUAAUAACCGGCGUUAAAGAUAAAGUGAAACGUAAGGAGAAUCAGCGCUCGAGGAAAAUGAAGCUGUUCGGGUUCUGGAACGGGCCGAAGCGGCACCGAGUCGCUUCUUUGAACGCGUUAGCCAAAGUUCACUGCCUCUACGAGAACGAAACUCGGAGUAAUCUGCUCGACCCGAUCGAGAGCGUCGACAAGAAGGAGAUCCUCGAGGAUAAGAAAAGCGAAGAGGUGAUCCCGUGCACGCGGACGCUGCGCUCGGUGCCGGGGCUGCGCGCCGUGGGCAAGCACUGGGACAUGCACGACACCACGUCGAGCUCGGAGGAUAACAGCGGCUACGAGAGCACCGGCGACGUGGAGGAGAAACCCAAGCCGAAGGUGAAAAAGGAGGUGAAGAAGACGGAGCCGGUGAAAAAGCCCGAGCAGAAGCGGCGGCGGAACCGGACGGAGUUGAUCAUGGAUUUGAAGGAUAUGGUGGUGCGGAAGAGGAUGGCGAGUUUGAACGCGAGCGCGAUUCUCGCGGCGAGCUACUCGGUGGAGAAGAGGGCGUCCAAGAGUCCGAAGAGCGACUCGGAGACGGAUUCGAGCGACUACUUCGUCACGGAUACUGAGGAGGAGCCGGAGAAGAAGUGCUUCGAGGCGAAGGUGAAGAAGGAGGAGGAUAGUAAAUUGAUUGAAGUGCGGGCGACGCCGAAUAAGAAGGUCGCGGUAAUUUUGAACCAGGACACGGAUGUGACCAUCACGGGGGUGUAUGUUAACAGCACCACGAGGUCGACGCAUCAUGAAGGGUAUUGCAGCAUCGCAGGGAUGCAGUACAGGAUUUCGGCGACGAGUCAUACCCAGACUGCGGCCACUGCCGUGGCUACCGAGACCUUGCUGCAGUCGUCAUCCAACAGCACCCAAGAGAAUAGUAACAGCGACUCGCUGACCUCCUGCAAGUCGUACACCCCUCUGGACGCAUUAUCCAACAUGCAGCCCCCUCCAGGGCCGGGCAUCCAGCAUGGGGCCCAUCAGCACAUGGGACCACCUCAGCAUGUUCUACCUCUGCCCCAACACCAGCUGUCUCCGAGUAGGCGGCACGGCUGUUCGAGUGCUUUCUCCACCCCACAUGCGCCCCCGCCGUACCCCCCACACCACACCGUGGACCCUGGAUACCCGCACGGUGAGUUCGCACUUCCACCUCAUCUUUUGACCUUAGGUGAGUUCCUGCUUCCGCUUCGCCCUUCAGCCCUCGGAUACUACCAGCCGGCGGGACCGUUAAUUAGCGUUCCGCAUGGUCACACCCAGCAGCCGCCGCCGCCGCCGCCCAUUACCAAAAGUGCCCCGCUCUCGGAGACGUCGCCGACGGCGGCGUCGCCCAUACACCAGCCGCCCCCGGCGCCCAGCUCCAACGGCGGCGACUCCUCGGACAGCGAGGUGAUCAUCACCUCGGUGACGGCCGGCAAAGAGGCAGCGCCGCCGCCGCAGCAGCCCCCGAGUACUUACCGGUACUCGCAGUACCCCGCCACACCCCCCGGAUACCCCUACGGCUAUCCGCCCCACUACUACCCCACGCCGCCCCCGGCGCCGUCCUACGCUCAUCAUGAUCUGUGUUAUUCGACGAGCCCCUACUUACACCACAAGUACCCGCCGACCACCUACAGGAGGUUCCUGCCGAGCGCGACGCAGUAUUACGCCCCCAACCCCCCCGACCUCUACGCCACGCCGCCCACGGGGCCCUCGCAGCAGAGCCAGCAGGUCGUGACAGCAACACCGGUAUCCGCCAGCAGCAGUUCCUACCAGCCGCCCCCCAGCGGACCGCCGCCCGCCAUCAUGGAGCCCUACCCGCCGCCGCCGCCCCCCACGCUCGUGGAGACGUACCCGCCGCCCCCGCACUACUACCCCAGCUACGGUCACGCGCCGCCCCCCUCGUGCUACACGCACUCGCCGGCCUCCAGGACCCUACCCUACAUAAACGCAACAUAUCAGAGCUGUCCGUGUCCAAUGCAGUCCUGUCCAAAAAACGUACUUACUGGGCCUCUUACUGGUGAUAGUAAGAGGUCUAACAUUUCGUCAAUCGCAAAAGACUCCAUGCCGCUGCCACCUGUUGCCUUAGCGCUGCCCCUCGAGCCGGCGAGCGCCACGGGCCCCCCGAGCCCCGCGCGCGGCUCGGCGGGCAUGCCGCCGCCGCCGUCGCCGGCCGGCGCGACGUACCAGCCGCCGCCGCCCGCCCCCAAGCAAGAGGAGAGCGGCGAGUGCAACCCGGUGGAGAAGAAGCGCAAAGCGCGGGUGGGAAAAGCCAUGGUGCGGAACAACAUGCAGCAGAACACGAUGCUGCUGAUGUGCAACCCGGGACAGAGAGCCUUCCCCGGGGAGGUGAAGCGCGAGAUCGAAAGCCCCAAGGAGAAGGAGCCCGAGGCGAAGAAGGAGGUGUGCUCGGACGACGAGGCCAAGGUGCAGAGCCCGGUGGAGGAAGUAGGGAAAGACGAGGAGCGGAUAGAACCGGAGCUGAAGAAGGAAGACGUGUGUGAAGACAAGACAGAAGCGCCGACGGAGAAAGAAGAACUACCGCCGUGUAUUAACACCGUGGCGGAAAACGUCAAAGUGAAGAACAUGAAGCGGAAGCUGUCGAUGUCGAAGGAAAAAAAAGAGGAGGAAGUAGCAACAAAAAAAGUGAAAGUGGAGAAGUACCCCAACGGGUCGUACAAAGACUUGAUCAAGAAAGACACGACGAGCGUGCGGAUCAACAACGGGAAGAGGAAACUCAUCACGGAGAACGAGGAAGGCGUGGUGAGGAAGACGAAAGGGAAGGCGAAGAAGCAAGGCACGAAGAGGAAACUCAAAGAAGAGGAGACGACACCAAGCAAGCGGCUGAAGCAAACCAAGCCACUCGCCUCCAGCAAUCAACAGAACUCCAAACAAUAUUCUAAAGAGAAGGACAAGAACAAGUCGGAGCCGGUGCUAAGCGAGAACAAGGAGCCUCAGAAGAAGAACAAGAAGCUUCCAGUCAAUUCGAAGAACGGGAAAAAGUUGGCGCCCGCCAUUCUGGACACUCUCAUUGCCAAAAACAAUAUAGAAAGGACGAUUGAUAGUGUGAUAUGUGAAACGCGGACAAACGGAAGUGCUUUAAAGACAGGCGAGAAGUGCGCGAAAUCGAAAGAGCCAGUUUUAAAAAAGAGUACAAAUAAAAACGGACAAAUUAAGAGUAAGACGGAGUGCAGAAAGACCGUGGUGACGAGGAGAAAGUCCAAGAGCAAAGAAGUACCUCAGGCUGUGACGAGGACGCCGAGACGGUCCCUGCAUCUGCCGAGGUGGUCCAACGGCUGGACGUGGGAGGGCGAGCCCUACGAAACAAAAGUAUUCUUAAACAGCGACGAAACCACCGUCGUUCGAAGAUGUUACCCGGCGAUGAGGCACGAAGAAGGCGACAUCAUCGAAGUGCGAGACUGCGUCCUCUUGAAGGCGGGACCUCGAAAGAACGAUCUUCCCUUCGUCGCGAAAAUCGCUUACUUGUGGGAGAACCCCGAAGACGGUUCGUCUCUUAACCAUGACAAAACAUUCGUUACAAUGUCGUUUCCAGGCGAAAUGAUGAUGUCGCUCCUUUGGUAUUACCGACCUGAACACACCGAGCAGGGACGUACGCCUGCGGACCAACCCGACGAGGUCUUUGCGUCGCGGCACAAGGAUUCGAACAGCGUCGCGUGUAUCGAUGACAAGUGCUACGUACUUACUUUCCACGAGUAUUGCAGGUACCGCAAGGACUUGCGGCGGCUGGAAGAGGGGAUCGAGGAGACCCUGCCCUGCAUCCCGAUUCCGGAGCCGUACCCCCGAUGUAACCGCCAGCCGCCUUCCCCCCUUCAGGUGUCGUCUGACAUGGUCUUCUUUUGCCGGCGAGUGUACGACUUUCGGCAAAAAAGGAUAGUGAAGAAUCCGAGUUAAUUUUCUAACUCAACUCUCCAAUGUUUAAGUUUUUAUGUUAUUUUGUUACUCGUUGGUUAUUGAAAUUUUAUGUAAUUUUUUAGAGUUGCGCUAUUACGUUCAAUUUUUGUUUGAGUCAAAUCAAAAUCUUACGCUAAGUUUUGAAUAUUCCACGAGAUUUUAUAUAUGAUAAGAGUACAGUGAGGGAUUUUUUAGAAACUGUGCUUUGGUCUUUCACAAGUAAAAUGAAAAAAAAAAUAAGACAUCUAAAUUUGAUACGUAUACAUAUUGUUGCAUAAGAAGAAAAGGGAACAUUUGUAUUAUAAAGAAUUAGUUAUCAAUACUGUUGUAUAGAAAAUAGAGAUGAUUAUAUUAUAUAUUUAACACAAAAGAAUCAUAUUUAUAAUUAGUAUUAGUCAUCGCUGGUGUAAAAGGUGUGUGCUUUUAUAGAUCGUAGAUGUGUUUCGUCAAUGUCGUCUCUUCAACUAUUUUGUAAUUGUUUAGCUCUCGCAUAAGUAGAAGUCAGUCAGCAGUUACUUUGAUAAUUUACGCUGAGAAGAGUACAAUGAUAGUCAUUUCAGGGUUUGUGCCAGGCGAUUUUUUUGACAUCCGACAAACCGUUACUUUUGUUUUAGUACACGUUGUAUAAAUCAUUCGUACUUCUCUCGCAAAGAUAACACAAAAAGUCGCGUAUGUAGUCGCAGAAUAUUUUCUUAUUGUUAUGUAUUUUUAGUAGACACCAAUAUAGUACCUACUUAUUUUUUUCUAGUUUAAUUACUCCUACUUUAAUUUAUGAGUAAUAUAUUUUCUAAGCUCUUAGAGCCCUAAAACGAUUAAUUUUAAAUUGUAGCCAAAGUUAACGUUAUUAUUUUAUGAUUAUUAUUUAUUGUGUUUAAUUAAAAUAUUUGUAUUGGUA